AUGGCAAGAACAAAACAAACAGCGAGAAAGAGCACUGGUGGGAAAGCACCACGUAAACAAUUAGCAACUAAGGCAGCAAGAAAAUCAGCAGUACAAGGUUCAUCACAAGGAACAAAAAAAUUACGUUUUAAGUCUGGUAUGGUCGCUUUAAAAGAAAUCAGAAGAUAUCAGAAAUCGACUGAAACUGUUGUAAGAAAGGCCCCAUUCCAAAGAAUGGUAAGAGAUAUUACUUCUAAAAUCAGAGAUGAUAUGAGAUAUCAAGCACAAUGCUUGUCUGCUUUACAUGAAGCAUUCGAAAAUUACAUUGUUGGUUUGUUUGAAGACGGUCUCCUUGCUGCCAAUCACGCUAAGAGAGUAACAGUCAUGCCAAGAGAUAUUAGUAUUGUCGGUAAACUUAGAGGCAGAUUUGGAUUCUACUAAUUACUAAAAGUACCUUUACACGUAUAGCAAAUAUUUUUUAUUGUUUCUGAUUUAUUUGAUUUUGGAAUUUCUUUCUUUUCGAAGAUUCUAAUUUUUUGUAGAUUCAAUUAUUUUUUUGUUGUUUUUUGCUCU